GGCAGUUGCUCAGUGCACACUCAAAACUUUAUAGACGCCGGCCCACCCGUGAUAUUUUUUGUGCCCGGACUUGGUUCACCAAUGGCGUCGCGCGUGAUUGUGAAGAACUUGCCGAAGCAUGCGACCGAUGGCCGGCUGAAAGAGUUCUUCGGCGCCGUUGGUGAGGUCACUGACUGCCGUGUGCAGAAAACAAAAGAUGGUCGUUCCAGAAACUUUGCCUUCAUUGGGUUCAGGAACGAUACAGAGGCGAAAACCGCCGUGAAGGAAUUCAACCGGAGCUUUUUUGACACGUCCAAAAUCAGUGUUGAAAUUGCACACGCCCCUGGCUCAGACGCUUUAGCACGCCCGUGGAGCAAGUAUGCUCCGGGUUCAUCGGCUUAUGAGAAGAAAACUGCACGAAAAGCCAACAAGAAAGACAACUCACACCGAGAACGAGGACCUGACGAAGGACAGGGUGCUCAUGGAAAGGCUGGCACAAGACACGUGCUUGCUGAACCGGCAGGUGAGAGGCGGAUGGCGAGAGUCAACAUCAAAGGAACCAAAGUGGUUCGCACGGCCAACAUCAAACCCACCAAAGCUGGCGUGAGCGAUACCCGAAUGCAUACCGAGUUCGAGUCCAGUGAUGAGGAGACGAAGGAAAAAAAACCACCCACGAGAGGUGAGUCUGGACCUGCUUUCGAUGAAGAACUGGAUGAUUUGGCCUAUCUGAAGGUGAAGGCAAAGGGCGCCAAGACAGCAGAGGUCCAGGUGGAGCAGGUAGAGAUGGAAACGCCAAAGAAGCGGUCCAAAGGCAAAAAACGCUCUAAACAGAAGGAAGCUGAAGGCAUCAGCGCCGCCACGGACGCCGACCCAGCUGCCAGCGAGGCGGCCGCGGUGGAUGCGGCGGCGGCGGCGGACGCGGCGGCGGCGGAGGAGGGCGAGCCGGAAGGUUCCCAAAACCUGGAAGACCUGGAGUCCACGGGUCGCUUGUACAUAACCAAUUUGCCCUAUGGCGCCAGUGAAGAUGAAGUUCGUGCUCAUUUUGAGACUCUGGGAGAGGUGGACUCGGUCGUGGUGUGCAAGGAUGAAGACAACUUAAAGUCCCGUGGAUUUGGCUAUGUCACUUAUGUGUUCCCUGAGUGUGCUGUGAGAGCGUUGUCCGAGCUGGACCUGAAGUCCUUCCAGGGCCGCCUCCUACGCCUGUGCGCGGCCAAGCAGAAGCCGGACAAACCCGAGAAGGCGGAACCCAAGGCAAAAGGUGGGACGAGCUCCUACAAGCGCCGACUGGAAGAACGAAAGAAGAAGGUCGACGCUCACUUGGAGCACACGUGGAACCUGCUCUACGUCUCCGCCAGCUCGGCGGCGGACGCGGCCAGCGCUCAGCUGGGCGUGGCCAAGAGCCAGCUCUUCGGGAAGGAUGCGGAGAAUGCGGCCGUGACGGCCACGCUCACUGAGACGUCCAUCAUUCAGCAAACGAAGACCUGGCUGCAGCGCGAGGGCAUCCGAGUGGACGCCUUCAAACAGAAGGGCACCGCCCUGACGAACAGCAAGGCCAUCCUGCCAGAGGAUGCCAAGCGACGAGAGGACACGCUGAUUGUGAAGCACCUGCCCGCGGCGGCCUCCGGCGCCGAGCUGCGCGAGCGCUUCGGCCGCUUCGGCGCGCUGGUGCGCUGCGCGCUGGCGCCGUCCAACACGGUGGCCAUCGUGCAGUUCAGCGACAAAGGUGCGGCAAAGCAUGCGUUUCAGAAGCUGGCCUUCUCACGCUAUCGUCAUGUCCCGCUGUAUUUGGAGUGGGCCCCGGAGGACGUGUUCACUGACGGCUCUGCACCCGCAGCGGAUGAUGCUGAUGCGGCUGCCGAGGAGGAGCUGGACGAGGAAUCUCGUGGAUACCUUUUUGUGAAGAACUUGAACUUCAGCACCACCGAGGAGGCCUUGAAGAAGGCCUUCCGGAAAGUGCCAGGCUUCCGCUCUGCAGUGAUCAUGCGGAAGAAGGCCGCGGUGACCAAGAAGAAGGGCGCCGUGAAGGAGGAGGAGAAGAACCUUUCGAUGGGCUAUGGUUUCCUAGAAUUCGAGACGGCUGCGCAAGCGCAAGAGGUCUUGAAGAAGAAGCAGGGCGUGCUUAUCGAUGGUCAUGCUGUUCAGCUGCAGCUGAGCCAGGCUCGUGGCUCCAAGGUCAUGGGCAAUUCCAACGCCAAGAGCUCCGCCAAGGCCUCAGGCAUCAAAUCAUCCAGCAUCUGCGUGCGGAAUGUUGCCUUUGAAGCCACCAGAAAAGAGCUCUAUCAGUUGUUUGGAGCUUAUGGCACUGUGACCUCCUGCCGUCUUCCCAAGAAGUCGGACUACAGUGGGCACCGAGGCUUCGCCUUCAUCGACUUUGCCUCGCGCGCGGAGGCGCAGGCGGCCUUUGGAGCCUUGCAGCACAGCCAUCUCUACGGGCGGCGCUUGGUCAUCGAGCCCGCCGAGGAGAAGGCCUCCGAUGUGCUGAACGUGCAGAUGGCCGCCGCGCAGAGGCAGCACAACCAGAUCCGUGCCAGCGAGGCCAAGAAGCGGAGGAAAUCGGGUGUGCUCAAUGCGCCUGGGGAGGCGGCUUCCUUCGAAGAUGCGCUGGCAUGAGAUCCGUGGUCUCACGUGUCACCCCGAAGCCCGAAGCCGCUGGACUCGCCCUGGGGGCUCGCCGGCCCGGGCCCGGAGCCGAAACGCGGGCGAGUCGAUGUCGGCUGGAAAAAUGGCGAGGGUCGGCGAGGGAUGAGGUCGCUCCAAAAAGAUCCAAAAGGGGGUGGUCGCCUGAAAUGGGGUCGCCUGGUUUGGGGCGCGGUGUGUGGCAAGCGGUUUUUAGCGUUGAACCCGCUGCGGCACGGUGCUGCAUUGCUGCACCGUCUUGAGCUUGAGUGGCAGAUGCGUGGGCUCA